UUUACAAUGAGUGUUGGUAUUGGAUUUAAGAACCCGAACUGGGAUUUAAACAGAAGUCAAUAUCCUGAAAUAGAUGAAUACCCAUUAAUGGCAACUUUAGGUCCAGUACUAAUGAUAAUAGCUGCAUAUCUAGUAUUCAUAUUGAAAAUUGGACCUUCGUUUAUGAGGAAGAGGGAAGCAUACAAACUGAAAUAUACACUUAUAAGCUAUAAUGCAUUACAAGUAGCAUUUUCAGUGUAUUUGGUGGGAAGAUAUUUCAAUAAUUUAUGGGAUAUGGGUCUAGUAUCUAAAACAUGUCACAUGGACCCGGAUGAUACGAGGAAAGAGGUGAUCAAGGGUAUAUGGUUAUAUUUUGCCGCGAAAGUGUCAGAACUCCUGGACACGGUCUUCUUCGUGCUAAGAAAAAAGACGAGCCAGAUCUCCUUCCUCCAUCUGUACCAUCACACCAUCAUGGUGAUUGCCACUUGGGCGCUGUUGAAGUAUUCACCAUCCCAUACCCUUUUGUUUAUCGGUUUCCUGAACUCAUUAGUACAUGUUUUCAUGUACACAUAUUACGGUUUGGCUGCACUGGGACCGAAUAUAGCUAAAUAUCUCACAUGGAAGAAGUAUAUGACGAGUUUCCAACUAAUUCAAUUCGUGUUAAUAAUAAUACAGUACUUCAGUGCAGUGAAGAUAUCGGACUGUCCACCCUCGAAAGCUAUCGCCGGAUUGAUUAUGAGCAAUACAUUUGUAUUUAUACUUUUAUUUUCAAACUUCUACAAGAAGAGUUACAGUAUAGAAGACAAGAGGAAAGUGGAUAAAUGCAAUUGAUCAUGACAUUAUUUGAACAGAUCUUAUGGUAAAGGAGUCUAAUUCUUUAGUUUUUACUAUUUCCUAGAAAAUUGUAUUAAAAUAUAA